AUGGCAGCCGGACCUACCACAGUCUCACUCUCAGAGAUUGGAAGAUAUUUAAUGUACACUUUGUUUAUUGCAGCCAUGUUUAUUCUUUUGCUUCCAUCCUCAAAUGAUUUUGCUAAGAUUGGUGUUGCAUUGUAUACAGGAAUUUAUUCUGUGAUUCUUGCCCUUUAUUCGAUCCCUCUAUUUUUCAAGUCGGUAAUGAUUUCGGAAACAUCCGGGACUUCAAAUUUUCGAAAUGAAGGAGCUCUCUACACAAUUCUAAACUUUGUGCCUAACAUGAUUAUAGCAACUGUGAAUUUUAUAUCUAAUAUUACAGGAAGGAUUCUGGCUGCUACUAGACUUAGAAAAUCGUCUCAGGUUAAUACUCUCGUUGCUUCUUACGGCAUGGUCUCUUUAGCAAAAGUGGUCUUAUUUGUAAGUUUUGCGCUGAUAACUAAUGAUGAUGACAGUUCCGUUCACGUGAAAGCAUUUUUAGACUAUUUAGCUGUUAAUAUGAUUUUUCACCGUCUUAUAAUGAAUGCCGACGCUUCCAUGAAGGGCAGGGGUAUUGAACAAAUUUCUAUUAUGGACGGAUUAAAAAGUUUCUUCCAAAAGCACACGAGAAACGCCAAAUAUGAAAGCGCAAGGAUGCGAUUGAGGAGGACAAUUCUUUUUGUUCUGACCCUAAUUCUCUCAUUCUCAUUCAUAUUUUCCACGUUCCAGAUAUACUCCAGUACCACUAAAGAGUCCAGCUUACUAAAAGGAUUCUUGCCAAAGCUUUUUAUCUUAACCGAUAUCGAAUUUUUAAAGACGCUAAGCUUUGAAUUCGGUGGCAUUGACACAACGUUUAUAAAUGAUUGUGAUGACAGCCACUCAAAGGUUUGA